AAAUAUAGUUUUAUGAAUUACCACUUCAUAUGGAAGUAAAUGUUUCUCUAUUGUCUAAUUAAGUUAAUAAAUUGUAUGAAGAAAAUGUUCAUAUUUUAAUCUUUUGUCAACACAAUAUUGCGGCCACCGCAUUCGGGACCCUUUCUCUGAUUUCACGAAGCUAUUCGGCAAAUUACAAAUGGCGUCUUUGUGAGUUGUCCUUUUCGCACAGGAUUUUCUCAUUUUAUCGUUAUCAAAACAAUAAAUAGUAAUUAACGGACUCAACGAAAUUUUGUGUUUUUUUGUUUUAAAUAAAAUAAAUAGUAUUUUAAAAUAAGUUAACUUGCUUUUUUCUCAAGUAAAAUGUACAAUGACGGAAAUAGGGCGAGGCGUAAUCUUUAAUACUUAUUUUACUAGAUAAAAACUUACAGUAUCGUGUUUGUGUCAGUGUAAUAGUGAACAACUUAAAAUGGACAAGAAAAAUAAGAAAAAAACUGUUAUCAAGAGAAAAAGUGAUGAGCCGGUGGAGGGUGAAAAGAAGAGUAAAGUUUUGGUCAAAGCUGAAGAUGAUAAAAAGGUAGAAGUGGUUAAUCAGGUCGUGGAGGUUCCUGUAGAGCAAGGGCAGCAGAUAGUGCAUACUGGGCAGUUAGUAGAAGGCAACUUUGAACAACCAGUUUUCGUCAACAUGAAGGGAGAGCCAGUGCAGCUUGGCCCAAAUACAGUUAUACUGUAUGAGCAGAAUGGAAAUCCAUCUAAUUUCUCCUUUGGCGGAAUGUGGACAGUGGAUUCAUCUGGUCGUAUUGUUAUGGCGGAGACCAUUUAUGAUGUAAAGGGAGAGCCAGAAGAGGAAGGGGGUACCUCAUUUGUUCAAAAUGCAGCAGAGGUUAAUAAUGCACAUGUGGAAGAAUCAAGCAACACAUUCCAACAGUUUGAGAUGAAUAGCAAUAACCAAGUGGAGAACCAUGAGUAUGAAGUUGCCAUUAUUGAAAAUCCAGAAGUUGCUGAGAGGUCAGACUCACAAGUGAUAACAACAGAGUCACAAUUAAUAGCAACAGGCAGCGGUGCAGUACGCUGGUUAAACCAGAAAUAUGACUUUGUUGUUCGGAAGCUUCAACUAAAUUAUGAUGCGGGUGUGAAACUCCUCCAUUCGCAAUCGGGUUGCAUUCAAUGUGUGUACUUCACGACGCCCAAUAUGCAAUUGGCAUUCAAUGCGGUGCCGCAAUUUCUAUGCAUCGAGACAGGAAUCGAAUUCAACACGGCAAUACCAAUGGUUGGUGGGACGGGGAAUCCCAGUAUUCGGCAUAAUGUGACAUUAUUCUUGGCUGAAGAUGGAAAUGGCAAAUCCGUCAUUGUCAGUGGUGGUAUAUCAACAUUAAUUGGUGAAGACCUAACCUGGCUGUUGGAAACUUUCAAGUCCUGUAAUCCCGCCUGGAGGCAAGUGAGGUGUGUCGUAUGUGACCCUACUAAGAACCAACAGUCGGUUCGCGCUGCUUUUCCAUCAUCCCAUGUGUCGUGUUCUGUCUGGCAAGCGUCCAGAGCCCUUGGGAAGCUGGUGUCAGCUUCGGAUGAGAUUCAGCUGGCGGCUGAGGAUGUGGCGGCUAGGUGUAAGAUAUAUGCCCUGGCUUUGCUGCGAGGGGAACACACUCCAGCGCAGCUUCAGGUCCUAAAGCGAGGAAUAAUUGGCACCAAUGCCGGUGAGCUCUUCAACCGACCCGGUGAACCCAUCACCAAAUUGGACGCUUGGCUGGAACAGGAUAACUACACUAAUAUAUUGCAUAAGGGCUUAGAACGUCUCGUUGGUAAAUUUAGCAGUCUCAUACGAAGCUUCAUGCAGCCAGAUGAUUUUGUAUCUCUCUUCUUUAAUGUCGCUAACCAACUGGAGGAAGAGAGGAGGACGUUCGCGCUUAAUAGGUUGCGGGAUACAGAAACAUUGAAGCAAUCGCCGACGGAUACGAUAACGCAAUAUGCGUACAAUUUGAUGAGCCAUCAGACGAAGCUCGCCCAAAAGUGUCUGGAUGAGAGGGGUGGCAGACGCCACAGUAAUGCCGCCAUUUGCAAAUACGGAACCUCGACCCAGGAGUGUUCCUGUCUCUUCAGCAAGGUCUUUCGUCUCCCGUGCAGACAUAUUCUCAUGCUCACGACCGAACUCAAGGUGAAAACCCAUAUACCGUUCGAACCGCGUUGGACGGUCCAGCAUUGUCUAUUCGGAUGCGAUAGUGCCAACAACACACCUACUACCACAGCGAGUGGGACAUAUAUGGAACAAGUGGUUGUUGAGAGUGAUUCAACGCGGACGACGCAGCAUCAACAAAUACAUCCCGUCAGACAACAACAAUAUGUGUUAGCCACGCCCGGACAAGCGGCCACGCCAGUCUCACAGGUGAUAUUCUGCGGUGGUGGGGUCAACAACGUGGGUGGAGCCGCUCCGGUGAUCACGUCAGUCCUCCCGGCGGGGGGCGCUGUGCUCACACCACACCACGCUAUACACCAAUGAUGACGUCACAACUAGGAAUGUCACGUCACUAAAUGACGUCGGACGAGUCGAGAUGCUUCGUUGGGUGACGUCACAACGCUAAAUGACGUCAUCGUCGUUUGCCUUACUAACGUUGUCGUAAAUGACGUAACAAUACGACAGCCAUGUUAGUGGUGUACCCAUAGUUAUGAAUUUAGUUGAUAUUGCGAGCGGUUGCGUUUGUUUAAAUGUUGGUUGGACCGUCUCUUACGUCAUACAUUGUAAAUGUACGGAGACGGUAAAGUAACAUUACGUCAUAAGAAUACCUCGACGUACGAGUACGUUGUGACGUCGACGUACACACAAGUACGCUGACGUCGCCGUACACAAACAACUGACGUCGUAUUAUUAAUAAUUGGUGUACCCAUUGUAUAUAAAUGUUUAUCUACUUAGAUCUGUAAUAUUUUUUAAAUGUAUAAAUAAUAUCGUUUUAGUUAAAUUGUGUUCUUGAUAAAUAAAUUAAACAGGUUAUAAGGUGUAAAUAUUACCUAGAUUAUUAUUUAUAUUUUCUAUUAGUUGUAAGAAAUAGAAAAAGGAAAGGCCGGCAACGUAUGUCCAAACUUAAAUCAAUUAAAAUCUAUUUCGUUUCUCAUAUACCAUAUUUUUUCCGGUUCCGGUGGACCCCCUACAUUUCUAUCAUAUUCAAGUUUGAUAAAUUUACCAUUUUGUUUAACACCAAUUAAAAUGAAAUAACUAAGUUAAUUAAUUAAUAAAUAAAUUUUUUUAAACACGGUUUACGUACGAUAGUUUAACAUGACAACGUCAUAAGAAAACAUUGAUGAAAUUAUUGUCUUCGAACAGAAGAGAGAUACAAGCGGCGCAAGCGUACAAUAAGCGUAACGGGACAAUAAUCGCAACGGGACAAUAAUCGCAACGGGACAACAAGCGCAACGGGAAUCUAUUAUUAGACGUUGUCACGUCAAAAAUGAACUUUAAUUUUACAACUAAUAAAUUAAUGAUCACUUAUUUUAAUUAAAAAUAUUUUGUUGCGUUGUAUUUAUUCAUUUUCGUGGACACUAUCGUGACGCUCGUCGGGUCUGCGACUCCUGGGGGUCCUCCUGGAUCAAUGCAAUGUUCUGGUAUUAUAGUUAACUGCUGUAAAGCACGAAAAGUUGUAAUUUUGUUAUAAAAUAGACAAUGUAAUAAUAAAAUGUGUUUAAAAUAAAAGUUAUU